GCUCGGCUUUCGUCCCUGUUCAGCAAUCUCACAAUAAUUCAAUAUGGCCGAUAAACUCCGCGCCCAACAACAGCUUGAGCAGCUGCAAGCCCGUUAUGUAGGAACUGGCCAUGCAGACACGACGAAAUUCGAAUGGACUUCCAACAUCCACCGCGAUUCCUACGCUUCCUACAUUGGACACCCGCCGAUGUUGAGCUAUAUGGCUAUCGGUAUGGGGGAGUGCAGGGAGAAGGUUCGGAGUAUGAUGAUUGAGAAAAUGAUACAACCUGUUGGGAGACCGCCGGAGGCCCAAGACUGAGAUAUUUGGUUGGGAGGUGUGUUGCCAUUUGGCCCAUGGAACGAAAUAAUGCUACAGAG